CGGCGCCUCAUCGGCUGUUGUGGACACCGGGAGCUUUCCGGUGAGCCCGAUCCAGCGCAGGUAGCCUGUGGAGCCGUUUGAACCCGCCAAGGCCCCCGAGGCCCACUUUCCCUGUCGUUGGCCGUCAGCCAGCAGGCCUGGCCGCUGUACCGCGAGGAGAACACCUCCUCAGGGCCAUGUCCAGGCCGAGUAGCGUCUCCCACCGGCCGUCGGCUCCUGGAGGGGGCGGCGGCAGCGGCCCGGUGCCGUGUGGCCCUGCGGGAGGCGGCCGGGCCAAGGGGCUGAAGGACAUUCGUAUAGACGAGGAGGUGAAGAUCGCGGUCAAUAUCGCUCUGGAGCGUUUCCGAUACGGGGACCAGAGAGAAAUGGAAUUUCCUUCUUCUUUGACCAGUACGGAAAGAGCCUUUAUUCAUCGAUUGAGUCAGUCUCUUGGUUUGGUUUCUAAAAGUAAAGGAAAGGGAGCAAGUAGAUACCUAACUGUGAAGAAGAAAGAUGGAUCAGAAACAGCUCAUGCAAUGAUGACCUGUAAUUUGACUCAUAAUACAAAACAUGCUGUUAGGAGCCUAAUUCAAAGAUUUCCUGUCACCAGUAAAGAGCGUACUGAACUUCUGCCUAAAACAGAAAGAGGAAAUGUGUUUGCAGUUGAAGCUGAAAACCGGGAAAUGAGCAAGACAAGUGGGCGACUCAACAGUGGCAUAUCUCAGAUUCCAGUGAAAAGAGGAGAAUCUGAAUUUGAUUCUUUCAGGCAGUCUCUGCCAGUGUUUGAGAAACAAGAAGAAAUUGUUAAAAUAAUUAAGGAAAAUAAAGUAGUUUUGAUUGUAGGAGAAACUGGAUCUGGAAAGACUACACAGAUUCCUCAGUUCCUUUUAGAUGAUUGCUUUAAAAAUGGUAUCCCCUGCCGUAUAUUUUGUACUCAACCAAGACGAUUAGCAGCUAUUGCUGUGGCUGAAAGAGUUGCUGCAGAGAGAAGAGAAAGGAUUGGUCAGACAAUUGGGUAUCAGAUCCGUUUAGAAAGCAGGGUUUCUCCAAAGACACUUCUGACAUUUUGCACCAAUGGGGUACUGCUUCGUACUCUGAUGGCAGGAGAUAGUUCAUUGUCAACUGUGACACAUGUUAUUGUGGAUGAAGUACAUGAAAGGGAUCGAUUUAGUGAUUUUUUACUUACAAAGUUAAGAGAUUUGUUGCAGAAGUACCCAACUUUGAAACUAGUUCUUUCUAGUGCUGCCUUAGAUGUAAAUCUUUUUAUGAGAUAUUUCGGGAGUUGUCCAGUGACAUACAUACAGGGAAGACCAUUUGAAGUAAAAGAAAUGUUUCUGGAAGACAUUUUAAGAACUACUGGAUACACAAAUAAAGAAAUGUUAAAAUACAAAAAGGAAAAACAACGAGAAGAAAGACAACAAACCACACUUACAGAAUGGUACUCAGCUCAAGAGAAUACUUUCAAGCCUGAAUCUCAGAGACAGAGAGCUGUCCCAAAUGUAACUGAAGAAAAUGAUUUAUUGGAUGAUGGUGGUGAUGCCGUCUUCAGUCAGUUGACAGAAAAAGAUGUGAAUUGCCUUGAACCAUGGUUAAUAAAGGAAAUGGAUGCUUGUCUUUCUGACAUAUGGCUGCGUAAAGAUGUUGAUGCCUUUGCUCAGGUCUUUCACCUUAUUUUAACUGAAAAUGUUAGUGUGGAUUACAGACAUAGUGAAACCAGUGCAACAGCUUUGAUGGUUGCUGCAGGACGAGGUUUUUCAAGUCAAGUAGAACAGUUAAUUAGUAUGGGAGCCAAUGUUCAUAUUAAAGCAUCAAAUGGCUGGAUGGCUUUAGAUUGGGCUAAACACUUUGGACAGACUGAAAUUGUGGAUCUUCUAGAAUCUUACAGUGCUUCAUUGGAAUUUGGAAAUUUAGAUGAAAGUUCUUUGGUUCAAACAAAUGGGAGUGAUCUCAGUGCAGAAGACAGAGAGCUCCUGAAAGCUUAUCAUCAUAGUUUUGAUGAUGAAAAAGUAGACUUGGAUUUGAUCAUGCAUCUUCUAUACAAUAUCUGCCAUAGUUGUGAUUCUGGUGCAAUAUUGAUUUUCCUGCCUGGAUAUGAUGAAAUUGUUGGUCUGAGGGAUCGCAUCCUGUUUGAUGACAAGCGGUUCGCUGACAAUACUCAUAGGUACCAAGUCUUUAUGCUUCAUUCAAAUAUGCAAACAUCCGAUCAAAAGAAGAUAUUAAAAAACCCACCUGCAGGUGUUCGAAAAAUAAUCCUUUCCACCAAUAUUGCUGAAACCAGCAUCACAGUCAAUGACGUUGUCUUUGUUAUUGAUUCUGGUAAAGUGAAAGAGAAAUCCUUCGAUGCACUGAAUUUUGUUACAAUGUUAAAAAUGGUGUGGAUUUCCAAAGCUAGUGCCAUACAGCGAAAAGGCAGGGCAGGGCGAUGCAGACCUGGAAUUUGUUUCCGGCUGUUCAGUAGACUUCGAUUCCAGAAUAUGUUGGAAUUUCAGACUCCAGAACUUUUGAGAAUGCCAUUACAGGAACUUUGUUUACAUACCAAGCUCUUAGCCCCAGUUAAUUGUCCUAUUGCUGAUUUCCUUAUGAAAGCUCCUGAACCUCCACCAACUUUAAUUGUAAGAAAUGCUGUGCACAUGCUUAAGACAAUAGAUGCAAUGGAUGCAUGGGAAGAUCUCACUGAACUUGGAUAUCAUUUGGCUGACUUGCCAGUAGAACCACAUCUUGGUAAAAUGGUCCUAUGUGCUGUGGUGUUAAAGUGUCUGGAUCCCAUCCUUACAAUUGCCUGCACACUAGCCUAUCGAGAUCCGUUUGUCCUGCCAACACAGGCCUCUCAAAAACGUGCAGCUAUGCUUUGUAGGAAACGUUUCACUGCAGGGACUUUCAGUGACCACAUGGCACUUCUCAGAGCAUUCCAGGCAUGGCAGAAGGCUCGAAGUGAUGGGUGGGAGCGAGCCUUUUGUGAAAAGAAUUUUCUUUCACAAGCUACUCUGGAAAUAAUCAUAGGCAUGAGAACUCAGUUGCUUGGUCAACUUAGAGCAUCAGGUUUUGUGAGAGCACGAGGUGGUGGUGACAUUCGAGAUGUUAACACAAAUUCUGAGAACUGGGCUGUCGUUAAAGCUGCAUUGGUUGCAGGCAUGUAUCCUCAUUUAGUCCACGUGGACAGAGAGAAUGUAGUAUUGACAGGGCCAAAGGAGAAAAAAGUACGGUUUCAUCCCACUUCAGUUCUCAGUCAGUCUCACUAUAAAAAGAUUCCUCCAGCUAAUGGUCAAGCUGCAGCAAUUCAGGCACUGCCCACAGAUUGGCUUAUUUAUGAUGAAAUGACCAGAGCUCAUAGAAUAGCUAAUAUUAGAUGUUGUUCAGCAGUGACACCUGUCACUGUAUUGAUAUUUUGUGGACCAGCUAGGUUGGCAAGUAAUGCUCUUCAGGAACUUUCAUCUUUUCGAGCAGAUGGUAUUCCUAAUGACAGUAGUGAUAGUGAAAUGGAAGACAGAACUACUGCUAAUUUGGCAGCUUUAAAACUUGAUGAGUGGCUCAAUUUCAAACUAGAGCCAGAGGCAGCCAGUUUAUUGCUGCAGCUUAGACAGAAGUGGCAUAGCUUAUUUUUACGCCGAAUGAGAGCUCCAUCCAAACCUUGGUCCCAAGUUGAUGAUGCUACCAUAAGAGCAAUUAUAGCUGUUUUAAGCACUGAAGAACAGUCUGCAGGUUUACAACAACCAUCUGGGAUUGGCCAAAGGCCAAGGCCUAUGUCUUCAGAAGAACUUCCUUUGGCAUCAUCUUGGAGGUCAAAUAAUAGUAGGAAAAUUUCAGCAGAUAUUGAAUUUUCUGAUGAGUCUACUACUGCAGAAAGAGUAUUGAUGAAAUCUCCAUCUCCAGCACUGCACCCACCUCAGAAGUACAAAGAUAGAGGAAUUUUACAUCCUAAACGAAGCACUGAUGACAGGUCAGAUCAGUCUUCUGUGAAUACAGACAGCAAUAAUUAUCAAAGUCCUUGUGCUAGUCCUUCUCCUCCAUCCUCAGGAAAGGGCUCAAAAUCUCCUUCACCAAGACCAAACAUGCCUAUUCGAUACUUCAUAAUGAAGAGUAGCAAUCUGAGAAACCUUGAAAUUUCUCAACAGAAGGGUAUCUGGUCUACAACCUCUAGUAAUGAGAGGAAGCUAAACCGAGCCUUUUGGGAAAGCAGCAUGGUUUACUUGAUAUUUUCUGUUCAAGGAUCUGGACAUUUCCAGGGAUUUUCUAGAAUGUCUUCUGAGAUAGGAAGGGAGAAGAGUCAGGACUGGGGUUCAGCUGGACUAGGAGGAGUGUUUAAGGUGGAGUGGAUACGAAAAGAAAGUCUUCCCUUUCAGUUUGCACACCAUUUACUCAAUCCUUGGAAUGACAACAAGAAAGUCCAGAUAAGCAGAGAUGGGCAGGAACUAGAACCUCAGGUUGGUGAACAGUUGCUCCAGUUAUGGGAACGCCUUUCAUUGGGAGAAAAAACCACAACUGAUUGACAUUCAGGUUAUACCAUACUUGACUUUGAGUACUGGCAGUAUUUGUGAUCAUUAAGGAUAUCUUUCAGAUUAUUUAUCUUUUCUUUUUUUCUUCUUUUUCUUCCUCUUCUUCUUCUUUUUUUUUAACCCUUCCAGACUUCUUAGCUUCAGAAGAACAUCAUGCCUACUCAUAACCACUGAAUGCACUGACUUCCAAAAACUGAAAUGGGGUUGUGUGUUAUUCUGAAUGGGCUUUUCUGGUUGAAAGUGUUGCUUUAGAACCACCAUCUUCAUAUAAAAGAGAAAAGGAUAAUUUAAUUUUUAUAGUGAUCAUAGGGAAUGAUUAUAUGUUUGUUAAUAUGUUUAUAAUUGAAUGAAAUAGAGUUAGUUUCAUUAUUUAACACAAUAGCAGUUAAACAUACUUAAUUUGAAGUUAAACAUUUCAUUUGUUUGAAACACUGACUUAGAACUCUUAUUGGUGAUUUUUUUUAACGCAGAGUAAAUUGUUUACUUUUAAGAAAGGUCUGACUAUAUCUGUCCAUCUGAGCAACAUUUUAGAAGAGUCAACUCUAAAGAUUUAUCAUUAAAAAACAAGCAAAGAAAAGCAAAUGACCAAAAUCUAAAAAUGUCCCUUUCAAAAAUAAUGUGUGCUGAUUAAGGACUAUUCAUUGUGCCAUUUUUAACCUGAGGCACAUUAAGGAAGAAAAAAAAAGAAAGGAUGUUCUUUUUUUGCAACUAUGAAAUGCAGUAAAAAUUGAAGAAAGGCAGAAUUCCUCCCUGACUUUGAUCAGAUCAGAUUAAGUGCUUAGUUUUAUUCCUGGUGCUACCUCUUUUAACCUGAUGUGUCCCAAACAUUCUUUUCUCCUACAUUACAGUCGUCACACAUCUCUGAUAUAAAAACAGUGAUUAUGAUCUCUUUGUUUUGGCUAGAGAAAGUUGAUUUAGACAGGUUAAAAAUUUAAGUAAAUUAUACAAGUUGAAAAGAAAUGCUCUUAACAGUUACUGGUAGCUUGGUUUCUCUAUGUCUUCCAAACUGAAGCCUCCAAACGCCACAAUUCUAAAUGCCUUCUAUUUGUUUUCUAGUACUUUUUAUUCUACUUAUGUUUCCAGGUAAGAUUUCUCUUUUUUUGCAUUUGUGGUUUAAUAAAUGGUGGAUAACUUUUUGUAAACCCAUGUUAGUGCCAACUCUCAUGUAUUUCUUUGCCAUCUCAGAAUUAUUUGGUUUGCUCUCUUUACCACAAUUGUCUAUGAAGUUUCCUUAGACGCUUUCUGAAGGGAAAUAGAGGUACAGGGAGAAAUCAAAGAAAUGUCUUGGUUACUGAGUUCUAAAUAGAACAGGUUUGAUAGCACUUCUCA